UGUGUCCUCAGCCGUGUCUCAUCUUCAUCCUCACCAAAUCUCAGCUUUCUUCUGUUCCGAGCUCCACACAAUGAGUUCAACGGGCGAAACCCAGAUGACUCCGACCCAAGUCUCGGACGAGGAAGCCAACUUGUUCGCCAUGCAACUGGCCAGUGCAUCGGUCCUCCCCAUGGUCCUCAAGUCAGCCAUCGAGCUCGACCUGCUUGAGAUCAUGGCCAAAGCCGGUCCCGGUGCUUUCCUUUCCCCAAAGGAAGUGGCUUCACAGCUCCCCACCACCAACCCCGAUGCUCCCGUCAUGCUCGACCGCAUCCUCCGCCUCCUCGCCAGCUACUCCGUCCUCACCUGCUCCUUGCGCAACCUUCCCGAUGGCAAAGUCGAGAGACUCUAUGGCCUCGGCCCUGUCUGCAAAUUCUUGACCAAGAAUGAAGAUGGGGUUUCCAUUUCCGCCCUUAAUCUCAUGAACCAAGACAAGGUCCUCAUGGAGAGCUGGUACUACUUGAAAGAUGCAGUGCUGGAUGGUGGAAUUCCAUUCAACAAGGCCUACGGUAUGACCGCAUUCGAGUACCAUGGCACGGAUCCUAGAUUCAACAAGGUUUUCAACAAGGGAAUGUCCGAUCACUCUACCAUUACGAUGAAGAAAAUUCUCGAGACAUACGACGGUUUUGACGGACUGAAAACACUGGUCGAUGUCGGCGGUGGUAUUGGUGCCACGCUUAGCAUGAUUGUCUCCAAGUACCCUGCCAUAAAGGGCUUUAACUUUGAUUUGCCUCAUGUCAUCGAGGAUGCUCCUUGUUAUCCCGGUGUGGAGCAUGUUGGUGGAGACAUGUUUGUAAGUGUUCCGAAAGGAGAUGCCAUUUUCAUGAAGUGGAUAUGUCACGAUUGGAGCGAUGAACACUGCUUGAAGUUCUUGAAGAAGUGCUACGAAGCUUUGCCGGACAACGGAAAAGUGAUUGUUGCCGAAUGCAUUCUUCCGGACUACCCGGAUCCCAGCCUCGCCACAAAGUUAGUUGUCCAUAUCGACUGCAUCAUGUUGGCUCACAACCCUGGUGGGAAAGAGAGGACCGAAAAGGAGUUCGAGGCACUGGCAAAGGGUGCUGGAUUCCAAGGCUUCCUUGUAAAAUGUAAUGCUUUCGGCACCAACAUCAUGGAGUUUCUCAAAAACUAUUUGAAUCUUUGUGUUGGAUACAUGGUUGAGUCUUUUACUUUUGGAUUCUGGAACUUGGUGAUUGUCUCAAAGGGGUGGCUUGCUGGAAUUACAUACUUUUUUGUUUGACGGAAAACAAUAAGAAUGAAAAUUGUAUGCUUCUUAUGUAGAAGAAAUUCUAU